CCUAGCAGAGAGUUACGGAGAUGUCACACGUGGGGUGACCUGCAACUGUAUAGCAGAAGAAGCGACCCUGGAUUAAAUCUGAGUCGAACUUUAAGAAAGAUGUGGGUCGCUGUCGGGGCACUUUCUCCGCGGCUUACUCUGUCAGCCUGGACAGGCGCGAGCCGCUUCUGUCUCCUGCGAUGCGGAAAGACAAAGAGGAAGGACUUGCCUUUGAGGAACUGCCUUGGAGUGUCAGACUUCAGGCAGUCUUUGUGGUCCGGUGUAGGUUUCGAAGACCAGAUAGGCAAAAACCGCUUCGACCCCAGGCGUUACAUAACCUGUCCGGAAUUGGCAAAGAAUAUGGCGCGUGUAAUUGAGAAACACAUAAAACCUAGCCCUGUGGUCCUGGAGUGCAGUCCAGGUCCUGGAAUCUUGACUCAAGAAUUAGUUGGACUUAGCAGUAAAGUGAUUGCCCUUGAAAGUGACAAUACUUUUAUUCCACAAUUGAAGUCCCUACAAAAAAAACUGGAUGGACAACUACAGGUGGUCUACUGUGACUUUUUUAAACUGGAUCCUGCCAGUGGUGGAACAGUAAGACCUCCCAUUAUGUAUACAGACACACUUUUUGAAAACUUGGGAAUAAGACCAACUUCUUGGACAGCAGAUGUCCCUAUGAAAGUAAUUGGACUCUUACCUGUUAAAAAUGAGAAGAAGGUACUUUGGAAACUUUUACAUGACAUAUAUUCCUGUACAUCUAUAUUUCAAUAUGGACGAGUAGAACUGAAUCUGUUUAUUGGUGAACAAGAAUACCAGAUAUUAGUGGCAAAUCCUAAAUCUCCUCGCAUGUAUCAGUCAUCAAGUGUGCUGUGGCAAAUAGCUUGUGAUAUUAAGCUUCUGCAUACGGAAUCUUGCUCAUCAUUUGACAUAAGCAAACCAAAUGGAAAACUGAAAAAGCCAAAGGAGCCACAUCAACCACUUCAAAGGCUGUGUUUUGUUCAGCUGACUCCUCGUAAAAACUUAUUUACAGAAAACUUAACACCUAUUAACUAUGAUAUCUUCUUUCAUAUGAUAAAGCAGUGCUUUGUAAGGCGCAGUGACAAACUUACAGACCACUUACCUUCUUUGAGUCCAGUUGACGUGGUGGAUAUAUUGAAGCACAUACAUACUUUAAACCAAUCAAAAAUAACAGAUAUAUACCCUGAAGAAUUUAAGCGCCUUUUUGAAAUUAUAGAUAGCUCCAAAGAGUAUACUCACAGAUGGCUUUAUGAUGAGUACAUGGAAGAGGUAAUCUUGUAGAGAACUGUGCUACUCAGGAAGCUAGAGCCAUUUAUUUGGAAACAAUGGCAGAUGAAAAGGGACUCCAUUUGAAAACGCAUCUUUUAAGAGAAGAUAUUUUUGUCCUAUCAACAGAAGAUAAACUGUUCAUGAUUUGUAUGGGUGAGGCAAAUCGUUCCUUUUAAAGUUAUUACCAUUUCAUCAUCUUAGAUGAAACUAUGGGUGCUAUUCAUUCACAACUGAAUAAAAUGAAAAUACAAACUA